AUGAUCAGACUUCGCUGCGUCCCGCAAAACUACGAUUGGGGCCGACUUGGGCUUGAAAGUCGCGUCGGGCAGCUUCUGAAGAGCGGUGGGCACGCUGAGGCUGUCGAUUCUUCAAAACCUUAUGCAGAGCUCUGGAUGGGCGUUCACCCCAACGGGCUCUCCGUGGCUGCGGAAGGUGGCGUUUCGCUGGACAAGCUGAUCAAAAAAGAUGGUGCGCUCGGUGAACAUGAAGCUGGAACGCUUCAAUUCCUCUUCAAAGUGCUCUCCGUCCGUCGGGCUCUUUCGAUUCAGACCCACCCUACAAAGGACCAAGCCAACCAGCUCCACGCCAUGGACCCGAAAAACUACCCGGAUGCCAACCACAAGCCCGAGAUGGCGAUCGCUGUCACCGAUUUCGAGUUGUUAUGCGGAUUCAGGCCUAAUGAGCAAAUCUAUCGCAAUAUUCGAGCCUACCCUGAACUUCGUCAUUUGCUGGCAUGCGAGUGCUGCCACAUGGAAGACUUGCUGAAUUCGAUCGUCAAGAUGAGGGAACAGGCUUUGCAAAAGCUCUGGUCUCUCCCUCCUGCCGAAAUUGCUAAAGGGGUCGAGGCUUUGGUUGCGCGUCUUCAACAAGAUUCCGCCAACAAUGACGCUACCGAAAAGCUGAUGAUCCGCUUGCACAGCGAGUUCCCGGGUGAUGUCGGCGUGUUGGCCCCGCUUUUCCUGAACUACUUCACCCUGAAACCCGGUCAGGCGACGUUCCUGGGCCCGAACAGGCCGCAUGCGUAUCUUUUUGGAGAUUGCAUCGAGUGCAUGGCCUGCUCGGACAACACGAUUCGUGCUGGGUUGACGCCGAAAUUCAAGGACAUUACGACGUUGUGCAAAAACAUGGACUACACGAUGAGCGACCCGCCAAUUUUGGCGCCGCAGAAGCUCGCUGAUGGGCUGCAAUUAUACGCGCCAGACACCCCGGAAUUUGCUGUGGCCGAUAUUCGCGCAAAUGUUACAUUGCCUGACGUCAGUGCUUCUUCGAUUCUCAUAGUCACUGAAGGAAGUGCCACGAUUCAAUCAGGCGAUCAAAAGGAAUCCAUCAACCCCGGCACGAUCCUCUUCAUCCCGAAGAAGCUGACCAAGGUCUCGAUCGAGGGCGCCUCCGCCGAUUUUGUGGCCUACCGCGCCUACACCCCGAAAAAA